ACUCACCAAUAAAAUGAGCUGCCCAUUGGCUUUGUCUUCCUUCUCUCAUUAGCCUUUUUCGGCUCUCUCUCUCGGCCAUAGCUGUAGUCUUGUUUAUUCUCUCUCUCUCUCUCUCUCUCUCUCUCUCUCUCUCGCUCUCGUUCUCUCACUCUCUCAUUCAUAUAUAUAACUCAGAGAGAUAAAGAAAGCCAACACACAGGAAGAAGAAACAGCCAUUGAUUUUAAGGACCCAGAAGAGAAAAGAGAUAUUAUAUAUAUAAUAAAAGAACAAAAUGGUUUACUCUAGUCUGGGGUGUAUUUGGGGUUGGUCUGUUUUUGUACUUGCUGUGGUUGCUGCUGGUUCAACCAGUAACUUGCCCAUCAUAGCCUUUGAUGAGGGCUACACCCAACUUUUUGGGGAUGAAAAUCUGAUUAUCCAUAGAGAUGGAAAAUCUGUUCAUCUUGCUCUUAACGAAAGAACAGGGUCUGGAUUUGUGUCUCAUGACCUCUACCUUCAUGGGUAUUUCAGUGCUUCUAUUAAGUUACCUGCUGAUUAUACUGCUGGAGUAGUUGUUGCCUUCUAUAUGUCGAAUGGUGACAUGUUUGAGAAGAACCAUGAUGAAAUUGAUUUUGAGUUUUUGGGGAAUAUAAGAGGCAAAGAAUGGAGAAUCCAGACUAACGUUUAUGGAAAUGGAAGCACGAACGUUGGCAGAGAAGAGCGAUACAAUCUAUGGUUUGAUCCUUCUGACGAUUUUCAUCAGUACAGCAUUCUCUGGACUGAUUCUCAUAUCAUAUUCUAUGUUGACAGUAUUCCAAUAAGAGAGGUGAAGAGAACAGAGUCAAUGGGUGGUGAUUUCCCAGCUAAGCCAAUGUCAUUGUAUGCCACAAUAUGGGAUGGUUCUGAUUGGGCUACUAAUGGUGGAAAAUACAGGGUAAACUACAAGUACUCUCCUUAUGUAGCCAAAUUCUCCGACCUCGUCCUCCACGGCUGCGCCGUUGAUCCAAUGGAGCAAUUCUCCAAGUGCGACAACACCCAGACUUCCGAAUCCAUCCCUACUGGUAUCACACCCUCGAAACGAAUCAAAAUGGAAGGCAUCAGGAAGAAGCACAUGACAUACUCUUAUUGCUAUGACAAAAUUAGAUACAAGUCUCCCCCUUCGGAGUGUGUGAUCAACCCUCAAGAGGCCGAGAGACUCCGCAGGUUUGAUCCCGUUACCUUCGGGAAUGGCCGCCGCCACCAUGGGAAGCGUCGCAACAGGAGCAGAGCUAGCCAAGCACAGAAAUAGGCCACACACACACCUCCAUUCUAUAAAAAUCUACAUGAAAUCUCUGCAGGGUUCAUGGUUCUACUUUUUUAUUUUAUUUUUGUGUAUAGAGAGAAAAAAAGAGCACAGAUUUAUUGAGAGGGUGAUAGAGAGUAUUUGUUUUAUAUAAUAAUCUAUGGUUUCUUCUUCAUGGUAUGUAUGUAUGUGUAUAGUUCAUCAUACCUUUUUAGGUUUUCAUGUUGUCUAUCCUUGUUUCUUCUUACAUUUUACAGAUUGAAUUUGGUGAUGAUCUCUGUAUUUUGUCACACCCUCAUGGGUUCAAUAAAUUAUUUUCAGUGUA